AUGGGACCGGACUAUGCGGACGUUGCCCGGCCGCUGGUUGAUCUAACGCGUAAAGACGUCAGUUUCGAAUGGACAGAACUUCACACGCAAGCGGUGCGCCAGCUCAAACAGCGCUUAAUCGACUUCACUACAUUACAAGUCCCUGACACGACGAAACCCUUCGAGUUAUACACAGAUGCCUCUGGUUAUACGAUCGGAGCAAUUCUCGAACAAGACGGUAAACCCAUCGGCUUCCUCAGCCAAGUCAUGAACCCCACGCAACAGAGAUACUCGAUCUACGAUCAGGAACUCUUGGAGCUGGUCAUGGAGCUGGACAAGUGGUCGCACUUGCUCCGUGUCUCCAAGGACAAGCGAGCGCGGCUCCCCGCUCUCGUGGUCCGCCUCCCAACUACCGAGAGCUCGCCGGAAUUCGUCCGCGACGACCUAGACGGCGUAGCAUGCCGUUUGCGUCUUCACCUGCGCCGCCGGAACCCAACCCAGAGCCGGAACAUCCUACACUCACAGCGAAGACACCAGCUGACCCUCCUGAUGUGCGCCAAUGGCCGCAAGCUUACUCGAAGUGUCCUGCUUUUCGCGUUCCCUACAGAGCCGCAGCAAACCAACCGGGAGAAGCUCUGCAAAUCGAGUUUCGUAACCGCCAGUUCACCUUCCGCUACGUGCAGCCUUACCUGCACAUCCGCGUUCAUGGACUGUGGCGUCCCACAGUUCCCUGAGUUUCUUACUCAAGUUCUGCAUUCACAUCACGACCAUAUCACAGCCGGCCAUCGAGGCCAGAAGAAGACCUUUGCGGCUCUCAGCAAGCACUACUACUGGCCAGGAAUUCGCGCCUACACUACUGCUUGUGUUGAGUCAUGCGCUCACUGUCGAGCGUCAAAGUCUUUUAACCAGAGGCCUGCAGGCCUUCUUCAACAGUUGCUCAUCCCUUCAAGUCGAUGGGCGCACGUGAGUCUCGACUUUAUCACAGAUCUUCCCCUUACAACGACAGGGCAUGACUUGAUCCUUGUCAUGGCCGAUUCCCUAAGCAAGAUGGCUCAUUUCGUUCCUGCAAAGAAGUCAUUCACAACAGCAGACACCAUGGAGCUUCUCGCAGACCGCCUUAUCCGCUAUCACGGUUUUCCAGAGGUGCUCAUAUCGGACCGCGACUCCCGUUUCCAGUCGGCUCUUUGA